AUGCCUUAUCCCGACGAGUUUGAAGGUUUUAUGAUUACCGAGCUGGGUAAAUAUAAAGACUUUAAAAGACAAUCUUUUAAACCUAAGGUCUUCGGCGACAAUGAUAUUGAUAUCAAGAUUGAGUGCUGCGGUGUAUGUGGCUCAGAUGUACACACAGUAACUGGUGGAUGGGGCGAAGCCCCGACUCCCAUAUGUGUCGGCCAUGAGGUCGUAGGCAAGGCGGUUAAAGUCGGACCCAAGGUAAAAGACGUAAAAGUUGGCGAUCGUGUCGGUGUUGGCGCUCAGGUCUGGUCGUGCUUGAAGUGCGUGCAGUGCAAGAACGAUAACGAGAACUACUGCCCGAGUCAAGUUGAUACAUAUGGCGCCCCUUACCCGAAAGAAGCUGAUCCGAACGAGACGAUCAGCCAGGGAGGCUAUUCGUCACAUAUCCGCGCGCACGAGUAUUUCGUCUUCCCGAUUCCCGACGCCAUCCCAUCGCAUUUUGCCGCACCCAUGCUUUGCGCCGGGUUAACGGUAUGGUCUCCCCUAGUGCGAGCAGGCACAGGCCCAGGCAAAAAGGUUGCGAUAGUCGGGCUCGGAGGACUAGGCCACUUUGCAGUGAUGUGGGCUAGCGCGCUAGGCGCCGAAGUGACGGUGAUAUCACACUCGCCGCACAAGAAAGACGACGCGCUGAAGCUCGGGGCGAAGCACUUCGUCUGCAGCGGGGACAAGGACUGGGAGAAGCCGCUGGCGUUCACGUUCGACUUCGUGCUCAACUCGGCGGACAUGACGAACAAGUUCGACCUCAACGCGUACCAGUCCAUCCUCAAGGUCGGGUGCCAGUUCCAUCAGGUCGGGCUGCCCGACGAGCCGCUGCAGAACGUGACGCCCAAGAUCUUCAUGGCGAACGGCUCGAGCAUGGGUGCCAGCCACAUCGGGUCCCGCCCCGAGUGUCUCGAGAUGCUGAAGCUGGCGGCGGAGAAGAAGCUCUUCCCUAUGGUCGAGACGAUACCGGUGUCGGAGAAGGGCUGCGCGGAGGCGAUCGAGAGGGUUAAUAAGAAUGACGUGCGCUACCGGUUUACUCUGGUCGACUACGAUAAGGCUUUUGGGAAUUGA